UUAUAGAAUUCUUUGUGGGUCUUUGUGAUCUGGGAAUAUGUGUCUCUGAUGUGAUCAUGACAGGAGGUUCUGAGCUAAUUUGUAACCACCCACUUGAACCGGAACCUUUUCAAGCUACAACUGUGUUGCCUUCACGAUCAUGUGUAUCGCAGAGCUCCAUUUACAUUCCCUUUACAACUGAUAAAAACGACGAUGUCUCCUCCUCAUCAGGCAUGGAUGAUUUAGAAAUUAACGUUAGUCAUGUUCGAAAGCAUGGUUAAUGCGUGGUCUUGGCCGACUGUGGAAGCUUAGUUGAUUUACUUAGAAGAAGGUAAUAGCAACAUUGUAACGCAUUGGACAGAUGGGGAGCACGACCUCUUGCUGUGUGUCUUCAAGUCCGAAGCUCCGAAGAAAUGCUCAUUCGAGGCUGGAGUCGUACAACACGGAGCCGGAGUUGAGUAGGGAGGAUACGGGCUGCAACCUGCAGCACAUCAGCGACCGAGAGAAUGUCGACGAGCUGAACAUGGAGUACAACCCCUCUGACCAUCCUCGGGCCAGCACAAUAUUCCUCAGCAAAUCUCAGACUGAUGUGGAGUUGUCUAGCAAAAAUGUGCGUGAAAAAAGAAAGAGCCUCUUCAUCAAUCAUUUAACACACAUUGGCGAGUCAAAGCAUGGAUCAACUAGAAGAAAACACAGCUCCUGUUCCACCAUCUUCCUGGAUGACAACACUGUCAGUCAGCCCAAUCUUAAAUUCACCAUUAAAUGUGUAUCUCUUGCAAUAUAUUACCAUAUAAAGAAUAGGGACACAGAUGGAGGAAUGCGGCAAGACAUUUUUGACGAGAAGCUUCACCCUCUCUCGAAAUCUGAAGUGCCGUCUGACUAUGACAAACACGAUCCCGAGCAGAAACAGAUUUACCGCUUCGUCCGGAUGCUGUUCAGCACUGCUCAGCUCACUGCAGAAUGUGCCAUUGUUACACUGGUGUACGUUGAGAGGCUGCUGACGUAUGCCGAGAUAGACAUUGGCCCAGAGAACUGGAAGCGUAUGGUACUGGGAGCCAUUCUGCUGGCCUCUAAGGUCUGGGACGACCAGGCUGUUUGGAAUGUAGACUACUGCCAGAUCCUCAAAGACAUCACCGUGGAGGACAUGAACGAGCUGGAGCGUCAGUUUCUGGAGCUUUUGCAGUUCAACAUCAACGUUCCGUCAAGUGUUUAUGCCAAGUAUUACUUUGACCUGCGCUCACUGUCAGAGACUAACAACCUGAGCUUCCCUCUGGAGCCCCUGAGCCGGGACAAAGCCCAGAGACUAGAGGCGAUCUCAAGGUUAUGUGAUGACAAGUACAAGGAUGCCAGGAGAGCUGCCAAGAAGCGCUCAGCGAGCGUGGACAAUCUGGUCGGGGUGCGAUGGGUCCCUGCCAUCCUUUCCUAACAACCAGGAACAUAGACCACACCUGAGACUGGGCCUGAGACUGGGCCUGAGACUGGGCCUGAGACUGGGCCUGAGACUGGGCCUGAGACUGGGCCUGAGGCUGGGCCUGAGGCCAGCAUGGUAAAUUUUCCAAAAUUCCCAGGUUUUCCAGAAUACCUGAUUGGAGGAUUCCGGAUUUCCUGCUGAUUCCGGGAAUCAUCCAAUCUGGAUUCCUGGGAAUUUUGGAAAGAUUACCCGAAUUCUGCAAACCUAACCUGGAUAGACAGACCGACCAGAUAGAUGCCUUCACAGUGCCUCCGCUCCUGUAACACAGGGAAGAGCUCUCUACAGGACUGGUAGUUCACUGACUGUUAAGAGUAAGAUAAAUGAAAGCUUCUUUGUGAUACAACAUAAAGAUGACUGUUAAGAGAUCUCAUGACAUGUGGACAGAAGCAGCCAGGUGACUAUCAAGACCAUCAAAAGUAGCCAGCCAACCAUCACUGUGGCAACAUUAGCUUUAUGCGUAGUAGCAGCAAACCAACAGAGAAGUUGUCAGAAAACAACAUUUCAGUGACAUUUGACCUCUUUUCCUGGGUCGCACCAAACGAAAGAAAAAGGACUGAAACGGGUGGAAGACCUGAACCUGUCCAUUAAGAAACAAACAUUUAUUCCAGUUUCCGUUGAAAAUGUUUUGCUAUGGCGUGCACUAAUGAAUACGAUCAUGGGUCCUAGACUGUCCAAGCUGGCGUGGCACGACAGACAGGUGGCCUUUGGAGAUGGUUCUGUAGCUUUUGGUGAAAGGGUUUUUAUUCAUUUUGUGUUCAUAAGGUUGUUUUCACUGCCUACUGCUAUAACCUGACAAAUCCAAGUACCUGCAGACAGUAUUUGAUCAGGUAAAACAGCAUUCUAGAUGUGCAGGCAUUUCUACUGGAGAUCUACAUUCAAAUUCCAGAAACAUUUAGUUCUUAAUGAACACAAUUAUUUUGUUCAUGUUCAAACAAGUUGACCAUAUUACUUUACUACCCACUGGGCAAAAACUGGUUGAAUCAACGUUGUUUCCACAUAAUUUCAACAAAAUAAAUGUGGAAAACUGAUUGGAUGUGAAAAAUGUAUUUUUUCACUGAACUUUUAACCGAAACUUUUAUGUAAAUAAGAAAUAGACGUUGAACUGACAUCUGUGCCCAGUGGGUACCUUUCCACUAGUAUAUCUCCCUAGUUACUGUACAUCCCAAUACUCAGAAUGUUAUAUUCAGAUCUGCAGCUAAAUUCAUCAAUGAUUUACUACAUGGCCAAAUGUAUGUGGACACCCCUUCAAAUUAAUGGAAACGGCUAUUUCAGACACAUCUGUUGCUGACAGGUGUAUAAAAUCGAGCACACAGACAAACAUUGGCAGUAGAAUGGCCUUACUGAAAAGCUCAGUGACUUUCAAUGUGGCACCGUCAUAAGAAGCCACCUUUCCAACAAUUCAGUCACAUUUCUGCCCUGUUAGAGCUGCACUGGUCAACUUUGAGUGCUGUUAUUGUGAAGUGGAAACAUCAAGGAGCAACAACGGCUCAUCCACAAAGUGGUAGGCCACACAACCUUCACAGAAAAGGACCGCUGAGUGCUGAAGCGCGCAACGCGUAAAAAUUGUCCUCGGUUGCAACACUCACUACUGAUUUCCAAACUGCCUCUGGAAGAACGUUAGCACAAGAACUCGUCGGGAGCUUCAUGAAAUGGGUUUCCAUGGCCGAGCAGCCGCAAACAAGCCUAAGAUCACCAUGUGCAAUGCUAAGCGUUGGCUGGAGUGGUAUAAAGCUCACCACCAUUGGACUCUGGAGCAGUGGAAACGAGUUCUCUGGAGGAAUGAAUCACAUUUCACCAUCUGGCAGUCCAACGGACGAAUCUGGGUUUGGCGAAUGCCAGGAGAACACUACCUGUCCGAAUGCAUAGUGCCAACUGUUAAGUUUGGUGGAGGAGGAAUAAUGGUCUUGGGCUGUUUUUCAUGGUUCGGGCUAGGCCCCUUAGUUCCAGUGAAGGGAAAUCUUAACGCUACAGCAUACAAUGACAUUCUAGACGAUUCUGUGCUUCUAACUUUGUGGCAACAGUUUGGGGAAGGCCCUUUCCUGUUUCAGAAUGAGAAUGCUCACGUGUACAAAGCGAGGUCCAUACAGAAAUGGUUUGUCGAGAUUAGUGUGGAAGAACUUGACUGGUCUGCACAGAGCCCUGACCUCAACCUCAUCAAACACCUUUGGGAUGAAUUGGAACACCGACUGAGAGCCAGGCCUAUUCAAGAAGAGUGGAGGCUGUUAUAGCAGCAAAGCAGGGACCAACAUUAAUGCCCAUGAUUAAUAUGUGUCCACAUAAUUUUGGCCAUGUAGUGUAAAUGUGAGUGAUUUAGCUACUGUGAAUGUGUCAUCCGCAGGAUUCAAAGUGGGUUAUAUUGACAAGAAGCUGACCAAUGAAAGGAUAGAAAUGAGUUAUCAUACUUGAUACACCAUGUGAAGCAUGACUUUUUUGUUUUAGAACUCGAUGUUUUAAACUACAAUGUUUCUUUAUUUGUUUAAGAACAAAAACCUGAACACUGAGCCAACUUCUAUAUAACAUAGCUCCUCCAAACGUUAUACAGUUUGAUUUUGUCUUAUGAAUAUAUUAAUAUUGUUAUAUUCAUGAUCAACUUUUAUUUGUGUUUUUAUCAUUUGUCAAGAAGACCCUACUGACAACUGAAGCACUACAAUUGUAUGAAUUAUUUAGAGAGUAAACUUUGUACAAUGUAUAAUCAAGUAUUAAAGUGAUGAUGCGAUCAUUAACUUCAUUUUGAAAUAUUUAUAUGGAGGCGCUGAUCCAUGUUUGUAAUAAAAGAAAAUGUCUUGAUUUUGAUUCAUUUAUUUUUGGGUGAAAACUAUUUGUACAGUUUAGAAAUCCAAGAGGACAACACAUGAAAGUAUAAAAUACACUUAUUUCCAAAGCGUU